AUGCAUGUGCUCGCUUCUGAAAGAGUAAACUAACUUAAGAAAGAAAUAGAAGAUCUUGAUAACAAACUAAUGAGUACAAAUACCAUUAAUUUUUAAGAUCUCAAAUCUAUUCGCCACUAGACAAUAAGUGAUAAUCCUCUAAAUUCUAAUCAUUUUGAAAAAAGUUUCAACCCAUAUCCCAAAAACAAUGAUUCUUUUACAGACGAUGAAGAAGAAGAUCACUACCAAAAUUACCCAGAUCACCAAGGAAAAUAUGGAACUAUUAGCAAUAAAAGUUAUGAAAUUGAAGAAUAAAUCUUAAGAGGAUAGCAAAGAGGAAAAUCAAGCUAAAACUAUUCUGAUAAAUUGAAGCUAGAUCAUAACUAUACUACCAGUGACUUCACUGAUCAAAUAGGAAGUGCUUAGAAUAAAAAUAAUCACUAUAAUUUUCAAACAAUAACUCCUCAAAGUAGAUAAUUGGUAGGCCAGGGGAACGGUCAAUACGGAAAGUUAAAUAUGACAAAUAUGAGUCAUCUUUCUCAUGAAGGUGAAGUGUCAUUUGAUCUCGAAAAAAUUUACCAAAAGCGCAAUGAAAACAUAAAGUCAGCUUUUGAGAGCAAUCUUAAAGAGAAGAAGGAGUUUAUCCAAAGUCUUGAGCAUAAACUUAACAAUAUUUAAAAGGAUUGUGAUGCUAAGACGUUAAAGUUAGCUCAUCUAAAAUACGAGAGAGAUAACAUUAUCAAUCAAAUUUAAAUGGAAGAGCUGAAGAAGAAGGAAAUGUAAAAAGAGGUUAAUGAACAGCAGAAGAGAAUAGAUAUUAAAAGAAAAGAAGACGAAAGGGCAUAUAAUCUUGCUUAAAAUGAGAUAAAGAGAGGAAUCGUCCAACAAGAACAAACGUUACAGCAGCUUUAUGAAAAAUCAGAUUUAUUGAGCCUUAAACUAGGAGAAGUAUAAUAAAACAUUCAUGAGUAAAACAAGCUUUUCGGCGGUUAGAGUGGGACUUCAAAUGAACUAGAAGAGAGAAUAAAUUAGCAAAGGUAAAAGAUUUCAUCGCUACAAUCAAAAAGACUAGAUGUUGAGAAUAAUGUUCAGCUACUAAGGGACUUCCUUAGAUAGAUUAGUGAAGAGAUUUAGAUGACUCAAGAAGAUUUAAAUGGCAAGCUUAUGUAAAGAGCAGAAUUUGUAGCUUAGAGAGAAGAACUAGACCAGAUGUAUGAGUCUGGCAAGAAGGCUUUUGGUAAAAGUUUCGAAAUCUAUCUCAAAAUUAAAGAUAUUAAUAGCAGCACUGGUAAUCUCCAUUCAGCUAGAUAUCUAGACGAGGAAUAUGAAAGCUCAAAAGCUUAGAGUUUCUUUGUUGAUAUACUUUAGUAGCUAAGAUCCUCAUGCAAGAGUAAAUUCUAUGAAAAAAUAAAUCAAAUUUAAUAAAAAAUAGAGCAGGAGCCUCAUCUAUUAGAUCUUGAGAAAUGCAUUUAGAUGAUCAUAAAUUUAUCUAAAUCCCUUGGUAUCCUAAUUGAGCGAGACAUGUUGCUUUAAAAACUCCAUCAAUAGAGUUUGGAAAAAGACCGCUUAUUUGAGAAAAGAUAGGUUUAACUGAUUGAUAUUGUUAACGAAAUCAAAAGAUUUGAGAAGCUUAUCAAGGAAAACUCAAACUUAGUUGACAAUAUGAUAUUGCCUUAGCUCAAAGCUAUGUCCACAACCUACAAUGAGCAUAAGUAAAAAUACAAAAAACUUAAGCAAGCUUCAUUUGUACUUAAAGAGAGGAUUAAGAAAGCAGAAAAAGAGCAUCAGACAUUGACAGAGGAGAGGAGCAAAUUCCAAUCAUAAUUUCAUUUAGGUUCUUAAGUAAGACAUAUUGAAUAAGAAAUACUGAUAUUAAAUGAAAGAAUAAACCAGGAGUAGCAAGAGAUGGAUAGAUUAAAUGAAAAUGCGUCUCAAAUAGAAAAAGAGUACAGAAGAGCUCAAUAAUCAUUGCUCCUCAAAGAAAGGGAGUUACUUAGGAAAUAUGCUACAGAUUCUUAGAAAAGUUUGAAUGGAACUUAAUCUCAAUUGUUACAAUCAUAAAUCAUCAAGCAAGAAUAAGAGGAAGAUAGACUUAGAAAGAAAUUUAUUGAAAUAGAAGAAAAAAUAAAGAUAACUUUGAAGGACAAAGACGAAGUCUAUAAAAACACAAUUCCUAAUAAUAGAAGGCACUAUUAGAAUUAGUCAAGACGAGAAGUUAAAGAUGAUUUCUAGGAUGAGUAUUAGGUAACAUCCGUGACUGAUAGUGAGAUGGAUAAUAAUAGCUAAAUGGGAAGAAGCUUAAAUAAUCAAAUGAGAUAGCAAACUUAGAACUUGAGAUCCUAAGAUACCUUACAAUCCAACAACAACUAGCAAAGAACAUUUCAUUCUAAGUCUAACUCUAUAGCUUUAGAUGGAAGUAAAUAGUAAUAAAAAUCAUCUAUGAAAAUUGAAAAAGAAAAUUCUCAGGCUUAAAUCAGAAGAAAAAGCAUUGGGAAAAUUGAUUUGACUAAAGCAUUGGCAUAUAGAGAUAAUAUGUUCAGUAUAAAUGAGCCAGAAAUAAUUAAAAAUCAAAAGAGUGAUAAAGAUAGUGCGGUAUCCUAUUAUAAUAACAGUGAUCAUAACUAGCUUCUAUCUAAUUCAACUAAUGUUCUUGAUAAUGAUACUAACAAUAGAAAUUAAUUCUACAUGGAUAGCAAUUAUCAGAAUAUGAAUUUCAACUCACUAAACAGAUACUGCUCUAAAAAUGCUACAUAAGGUAGUGAAAUGAGAAACCUCGGAGAUGAUAUCAUUAAUAUUCUUUAACAGAGUAACUUCCUUAAUGAGAGCCAGACGAAUCAUUCGAAUAUGUCGAUACUUAAUCUAUCUGAUCUACUAAUGAAUAACAAUGCACUAUAGAAUCUGCUUAAUCUUGCUAAUACCUAAGAGUCUAAAUAAAUGUCUUAAUCUAUUAAUAUUCAACAGUAGAAUGAUAAUGAUCCAUAAAACAGGCCAUUCUCUCAACUGACUUUCAACCACUCAUAAAAUGAAAAGCAAGCUAAGAAUAUGAUGUCAAGCGAAAGUUUAAAUUUAAAUUCACAAAAAUAUCAAGUAAAUUAUCUACAAGAGUCUAAUUUAUCUGAUUAAAACACAUUGUAAAACUCUUAGUACUCUUAUAAAUACUAACCUGAUAUUAAGAUAACUAGCAAUCAUUUAAGAGAAUCAACAAAUAGGUUACUAUAAAGUUCGAAUUAAAAUUCUUAACUAUUAUUUGAAAAUACAGGAGUCUAAAAUAUAAAUAACUAAAGCAAUGUCGCAGACUAAUCUUUAAUUCAAUGUCUGAAUGAAAUUAAUAAUGGAAUGAGCAAUAAAUCAAAUACUAUCCAGUCAUUAUAAGAUUUCAAGCAGCAAAAGAAGAAUCAAAGCAUGAUGAAACGAACUUCAAUUGAUACGGCUGACUUCUAAUAGUAUGAACCAAAGCAAUCCCAUACAAUAGACUAUGAGUCAAGAGGAUAUAUGCAUUAAGAUUAAAGCUAACCCCACCUCAGCCCAUAGAUUAAAUGUGAUAGAGUUUAGCAAUAUGAGAUUUCUCAAAAUGAUAACUAAUAAUUUCAAAGUCUCAAUACUAUAGAAAUGAGAAUGUCAUAAUAAAAUCCAUUGAAAUAGAGUAUUAUUGGAUAAAAAAAUCAGAUCAAGAGUAGUUGGAUGUCUAAAUACCUGAGUAACGUUAAUGAUUCAUCUAGAUUAGACUGCAUUCAGGAAAGUGUAUCACCUAAGCCUAAUUAGAAAAAGGCUUAGAAAUUGAGAUAUAAAUCUGGAGGAAAUAAUUAAGUUAGAAAUAGAUCAACUUCACAGGAGUAAAGAUUCAAUAAUAACAGCAAGCUUAAUAUGUCGAUUAACUCAGUCAACUCAAGCAUGAAUUUCAAUACAUUGCAUAAUUAAUCUUGCUAUGAAGGCAUUAAUAGGUCCAAUUCAAGAGGAUUUACCAAGAAGAGCAGAAAGCUAAAUAAGUCUCUCAAUAACGUUGACUCCUCAAUAAUUUUAUAGCAAUCAAUUAAUUCAUCUUUAAUGAAUCCUAUUAACAUGUCACUUAACUUCUAAAACCUCUCAAACUUCAAAAGUGGUUAUAAUGGUAACCAUCAAAAUAGUUGCUUUGUAAAUUUUUAGAGUAACAAUGAAUCUGAUCCAUUGCAUUUUACUAAAGUUGAAGUGCUAUUUGGAGAAAGAAUGGUGCCAUUACUAGAUGGGGCUGCUUUUUAUAAAAAGUUUUCGAGUAGAUAGAGUCUUAAUGAAAAUGCUUUUGAUCCCUUAAAUGCUGAUAAAUUCCCCCCAGAAUCAUGUGGUUACGGUAUUAGACUAUUCUAACUAGAUAAAUCCCUCAUGAGUAUCAAUAUAAGAUAGAGUCUUAAGAACGCUGUUGAAAAUACUAUUUCAUUAAAUGAAAUAGUAAAGCCAAUCUUGCCGCAAACUACAAUGGAUAUCAUCAAAGCGCAAAAAUAAUUCUCAUUAUAAUAGCAGGCUAACUAGCUAAGAAAAAGCAGUAGAAAUGGAUUUCUUGGACAUUAAGGGCAAGGUAAUCAGCAGAGUUAAGUAAACAGUGCUAAAGAUCUUUUAGAAGAGUUUUUAAUUCUUGAUACUAAAGGAAGUAUUAGUCAUUUAGCUAAGAUUGGAAUAGUCAACAAGAACAGCGAGCUUUAUAGACAAAAGUGUUUGGAUUCUACUUAUUAUCCUUUCAGUAUUGCUCUCACAAAAGGAAGAGUUGAGCUUAUAGCAACAUCGUAUGAGACUCUUAAAAACUGGAUUAUAGGAUUGAAUCUUUUAGUAAGCAAUAAGAAACAUAUUCCCAAAAUCAGGUAAAUUAUGGAUAUAAGGCUUGAUUGA